UCCGAGCUCGUCUGGCGUCCUCAGGGCCGAGAUACGAUUCUCAACGGCCCGCGACUUCGUACGUGUUUGCAUCUUCUAAUCGGAGACAGAAAUAUAGAGUCGCGUUUUCAAAAGAGAAGGAAGAGACGAUAAAGAAGUCUUUCAGAUUCGAUAUUAUGGAAAAGCAACUCGAGGCUCUGAAUAUCGAUGAUUCCCUUGAGUCGGAACAGGAAUCACCGCGUAGAAUAAUCAGGACGUUUAGUUUUCCAUCUAGCCAAAUCCAUUUUAUCAAGGCUUCCGAAGAAUUAAAUUUACCCAAGCUGGACAGGCAUUACAGCGAGCAAAUAAUAUAUCCGAGCAUUUACCCAAGGAGACCGGUAAUAUUAUCGGAGAUGCAGGCACGCAUAAAAAAAGCAGAGUAUAUCUUUUAUGACAAUAACAAAGUUCUGGAACAUUUCUGGCCUCCAAGGAUCGAUAAAACACCAUCUGUCCCCACACCCAUGCCUUUGGACGAUCAAGUGGAAUAUAUGGAAGUAGAGAAAUAUCCAGAUUCACCAAAAUCUAUCCAUGAUACUAUAUCGUCCACAUCCGCACCUACGGAAACGGUCGAUCGAACGGAAGCUAUGGAAGUAGAAAAACUUAUGGAUACUAUGAAUCCUGCAGAAUGCAUGGACUUAUCAAAAACAAUCUCUAUAGAAUCAUUAUCGUUCGCUGUAAUCGCACAACCACACACGACAAUGUUGAAAUCUGUUUACAAUUUAGAAUCCCAACCUUCGGAAACGAACGAAGAUACAAAACCGAUUCCUACAAGGCGAAAACUCUGGAAGACUCAAAACAAUCCAGAUUACAUAAAGGAAAACAUUGAGGAUGAACAGAAACAGAGUAACUAUCAAGAUAUGAAAGAAAAAAUUUGUCCGAAAAAUGCUUCAAAGUGUUCGAAAGUUAAACAAGCACUUCGUGUAUCUUUUAUAGCAAUUUUGUUAUUUGUACUUCUAUUUUUCGUAUCCUUGCAAGAUGAUCAGAACGAUAAGCACAGUAAUACUUUUGUGACUGCCGUUGUAGAAUUGAAGAAACAGAUUUUCGGUCAAGAUCGAGCCGUAGAAGUCUUGACUGAGUAUCUUCCGCAAGAUUCACCUUUCUUAAAAAUAAUAGCUCUUGUCGGUGGUACUGGUGUCGGUAAAUCAUACACGGCGGAAAUUAUAAGGAAGAACUUUUAUGAAAGAAGUAGUAAUCGUUUCUUUAACUCGCGCGCAAACUUAUUUGUAUUGGAAAAUUUGAGAGAAGAACAUUUGUUGGACACUAUAAAAUUUGUAAAAACGCACCAAGAGACAUACGGCCAUCGAUAUGGUACAAUAUUAGCUAUUUUUAAUGUCGAGCAAAUGAAUGACAAUUCGACGCGCAGUAUAGAUUUGAACAAAAGUAUAAACACAAUAAGAAAUACUUUUGCUGACGCGAAUCUCGAUAUCAAAAUUAUUCCCUACGAACCCUUGAGCGAGGAUGCUUUAGAAAAAUGCAUUAUAAACACAGCAAAAAAUAUCAGGCUAACACUUUCUCGAGAUCAGAUCGCUCUUAUUAAACAACAAUUGAUAGAAAAUAAUACCGGUUGCAAAGGAGCCUAUGGCAAAAUUCAAGUGAUUGGUAGACAAUAAAAGGAUUAUAUGUGAUUAUUUCUGAGGUGACAAGACUUAUAAAAUUAUUAUUUAGUGACUGAUAUAACAACAUUCAAUAAAAUAAUUAUAAUAAAUAACAAUAUUUUUUUUCUGUUUACACUUUUCACUGUAAUAUAUUGUAAUAAUCUUAAGAAAGGUAAUUCCCCUAUUGAAACACUAUUUUUCAAGCUUUAUAAAUAUGUCGAAUUGCAUUUUUAUGUUGCUUAAUUAAAUCGUCAGUCCAUUAAAAACUCAACUUGCACAUGAUUUAUAAUCAUAAUUCAUUGGUUUGAAUACAUGAAAUUUUUGUAUGCAUUGUGUCCAGAUUGUAUUAAGAAUGAUUGAUAAUUUUUGUAAAAGACGAUGUGUGAUGUAUUGUUUAGUAUGCAUCCGGCGAAAUGUAUAACGCAUUGCACAAUUAAAUAAACUUAAAUUGAUUAGGAUUCCCUGACAUACGUAAAUAUAAUAUCUUAAAUAUUUUUGUUAAAAAGUUGAUUUUGCUAAGUUUUAUUCUGUAAUCACAUUUUAAUUUAAAACGAUUUAUAAACAAGUGUCCAAAGUUAUUGCAUAUGUAUAAAUCUCCAUAAUGAUACAUAAUGCUCAAACGUUACAUUUUUUUAGUAGCUAUGUUGUGACAAUAUAAUUAAUAAUUAUAUACAAGUGUCUUUGUUCUUUGUAAGACCAAAUUUUUAGUACACAUGCAUCGGUCAUCCAAUUGACGCCUUUGUGCAUAUAUAUAUAUAUGUAUGUCAAAUUUAAGCUCUAUACAAUUUUAUGCGACAAAUAUGUGAAUUGAGACAACUCUAUCAAAGAUAUUGAUAGCUCAGUGAUACUACUGUGUAUAGUUAUAUUGUGACAUUAUUACAGCGAUCGUUUUUAUGCAAAAUCGCUUGUGAAAAAAUGUUUUGUAUUUUUUUAUUAAUUAUAAAAACUAUAAACUUUUGUUUUUUAAGAGACAUGUUUCUUCGAAUAUAUAUUAUAGUUAUAUUAUAUAGUUAAUGUUAUAAAUUAAAAAGUAUGUUGAGAUAAGAUUAAUAUAAAUUAAGAAAAAUCUGUGUGUGAAAUUUUGAAAUAAUAGAAAAUAAACUAUAAAUUCAAUAAAUUUAAUAUAAUCGGAAUAAAUAGAUAAAAGAAGAGGCAUAUAAAGUAAGAAAAAUCUGAAUGUAUGAAAUCUUUUGAAACAACAGAAAAUAAACUAUAUCAAACCAGUAAAUUGAAUAUAAUCUGAAUAGAUACAAAAAAAGCGUGCGCCUUAGUGCCUUAUGAAUAUAUUAAUUAUUACAAAUAUUCAUGUUUUAGAUUAUGAAUCCUUUUAAGAAGCGUUGAGCGUAUUGAGUUUGUUAGUAUUUUUUAAUACUAUAUGUUGCUCAAUCUUUUUUAUUUUUUAUUUAUAUGUAUUUGUAAUAAGAAUUAAUAUAUGUAUAUAAUAAGAAACUAGAUUAUAUAUAGACAAAAAUUAGAUUAUGAUUGCCACUUUAUAUUUGUAUUUUUUAUAUAUUUACAAAUAAAUGACUAUGUGUGUGUGAAACAAGUACUUUAAAUAAAAAUUUGCGCGUAAAAUAAAAGUAAUUGAAUCAGCAUUAAAAAUACGUCUCAUUAAGAGUCCUUUGUUCUCGUGAUCAGUAUCGAAACGAAAAAUGAGACUGUCUCGAAACAUUGGAAACAUCGAAAUCAAAUAUGACAAUGUUGUGUAAGAAAAGAACGAAUAAAUUUGAUCGAGCCUAUCAUAUCAAGCUUGUCAACACGCAAUUGUCAACACAAUAGAAUUGCUCUAAAAAUAAAAGAAAAUAGCAAACA